AUUCUCGCGUACGAUAAUAUUUUGACAAGUGUGCGGGCUGGAUCGCUACGUAAGACGAAAAACUCGAAUAAAUAUAAUUUAGGUCAGGACAAUAGUCAGACACCAGCAAAUGAUUUUUAUAAUAAUCAAAAUUACUUUCAAGAUAUAUUUAUGGAGCAUUCAAAGCCGCUGGAAUUAGAAUUCGGUCAUGUGUUUGAGACUCCAAGUAAAUGGGAGCAAAGAUUUGAAAAAAAUGAUAUUGAAAAUAAAAGAUAUCAAGGCAAAGUACGAUGGGGCAAUAAUGAGGGCAGUUAUGGCGAGCAUUAUUGGGAUCUCAAUCAUAGAAGAUAA